AUGGCCUCGCGGGGGAUUGUCGUCCUCUUAUUGGGCCUCUUCCUCGUACGUGUUGAUGGCCAACUCUCAGAUAUCAGCAAUCAGAGUGAGCUGCAUCUGGAGGAGACAUUGUUGAGGCUGCUUCUGAGACUGCGACUGGAGGAAGACUUUGACACGCUGCUCAUCUACGGCCAGGAGUGUGUUUUCCAUGCGCUGUCCAAGCGCUUGGAAGUCUCCACUAUGCUGGUGCUGGCGUCGUCGGGCAGCACGGACUACGAGUGGAACUUCAGCAGCUCGACACUGAUCCUGUGCUGCGGAGCUGCUGCUGAGAAGGAGGGAAACUUUCGCACCUCGAUGAAGCUGCAAAUGAGACGACGUCUGCUGUACAUUGAGGAAGACAUGCAGCCAGAGAAUGUGUGCGAGAACCAUUCGAUCAGAGAGCAACACAACGUGGCCAUGGUGAAGGUGGACUUUGUUCAGUCGGGCAGCAUCUACACCUGUCGCUGCUUUCAAGAGGCCAACUGUGAGGAGCUGCAGCUUAUCGAUCAUAAGCCAAUCUUUGUGGAACAAUUUAAGAACAUGCGCGGGGCCGCAAUCAAGACUCUGGCGGAUCAGUUGGUCCCUCGAUCGAUGUCGUAUCGCGAUGAGAGGAGCGGCGAGGAGAAAAUGGUUGGUUACGUGGCCAAUUUGAUAAACAGCUUCGCCCAGAAGGUGAAUGCCAGACUGCAGCUGAGUGCGGAACUUAGGUCGGAGGGCGGAAAGGCGACUUACUAUGGGAAUAUAUCCAAGUGGGCGGGGGAGGAUCUCCUGGACAUUGGUAUGAGCCUGGAUACCACUUGGCUGAGCUCGAGCUUCGACACUCUCACCUAUCCGUAUUUGACUGGCAGUUUCUGCUUCAUGGUCCCGCUUCCGCCCAAGGUGCCAUAUCGGCAGAUAUACACAAUCAUCGUGGAUCCCCUCGUCCUGGGCAUCAUAUUCGUGAUGUUCUGCCUGUUCUCGCUGCUGCUGAUCUACAGCCAGCAGCUGUCCUGGAAGGGUCUCAGUCUGGCAAACGUCCUGCUGAAUGACAAGAGUCUUCGCGGCCUCCUAGGCCAGUCAUAUCCGUUUCCCCGCAACUCCAGCAAGCAGCUAAAGCUGGUCUGCUCCCUGCUGUGCUUCGCGAGUGUAAUGAUGACCACCAUGUACGAGGCGUAUCUGCAGUCCUUCUUCACCAGUCCGCCGUCAGAGCCGAUGCUCCGCGCCAUCAACGACGUGCAAAACUCCCGCUACAAGGUGGCCAUCAACCGGGCGGAUUUGAAGCUCCUGCAUGACUCCGGUUAUCAAGGAGUCAAGCAGCUGGGCAGAUAUCACACCCACAUCAUUGAUGACUACCACGAGUUUGUGCGCCUUCGAGCGUCCUUCAAUACAAGUUUCAUCUUCCCGGUAACGGACUUGGCCUGGUACACCUAUGAGCAGCAGCAGAAAAUAUUCGCGGAGCCCGUCUUCUACUUCUCAGACGACAUUUGCAUCAACCGCUUCUUCUUUCUCAGCCUGCCGGUGCGCCGCCAUCUGCCUUACCGCGAGAUCUUCGAGGAGCACAUGCUGCGGCAGAAGGAGUUCGGUUUCGUCAAGUUUUGGGUGGACAGAAGCUUCUACGAAAUGGUGAGGCUGCGCCUGAUGCCCAUGAAGGACUUGAGCUCGCCGGAGCCCCAAUGGGACACCAUUUACUUCGAGGACUUGUCCUGGAUACUGUCACUGUAUGUGGUUGCCAUGCUGCUUUGCUGCUUUUGCUUUUUCAUCGAGCUUUGGGGCUCCAGGCGCUGCUUGAAAUGGAAGCGAUGCAGAAUACUUAACUAA